GACAAUUUAAAUGACAGACAAUAGAAGUACCAAUAUUGCUAGGUCUAUAUGUGUAGUAUCCACAUAUUAAGUACAAUGGUGCAGCAAAUGGUUUGGUGGGUGGAAAUAGUAGCUUAAUUGUGGCUGAAGGACAGAGAAUACAAAGCAAAAACAAGAAUAACAACGUCACGGUUGCAAGACUGUGGACAGGACACAUUUUCAGCAUCGUCAUCAAGCGCACAACUACAAUCCAGGGUUGAUGGUAAUAAUACCCUCAUUUCACCACUGGGAACCAGUCUGGUAACAUCUGAAAAAGAUGUUGUCCAAACGUCUCGUCUUUGGCUUGAUAAGCCUUUGUCUUAUGAUCAGAUGCACUGGUGGUAAUGAGAGGUGUGGAGCCUCCAUUAGAGGGGCGUGUCCUCCUGCUUGGAGCCAGUGGGGUGACAAAUGCUUCAAAAAAUAUAGCAAGAGUCUACCAUGGGCUGAGGCAAACCAGGAGUGCAUCAAGAUGGGAAGUGUCUUGGUCAUGCCACAGUCUCAGGAGGAAAAUGAAUUCCUGCUGAAUAACCUAAUCCACUACUUUUGGAUCGACUGUAGUGAUCUGCAAGUUCAAGGUACAUGGGUAUGUCAAGAUGGCACUACUGAUGUGGAGUACAGAAACUGGAGGAAUGGUGAACCGAGUAAUAGCGGAGGAAGAGAAGAUUGUGCAACAGCGGGAGAAUCUGGUUGGAAUGACAUUCCAUGUGACUAUCUCGCUCCUGCUAUCUGCCAACGACCAGCACCACAGCUGCACUUUUAA